AGAUAUCAGGUGUGCGUCGACAGGGGAUCGAACCUGGGACCAUGUGCAUGGUCGGCGAGAGUCUUAACCACUGUGCCAGCGACGCACAGUGAUUCCAUUGUGAUCUUACUUUACAAAUCGACAUUAUUUAAAAACACUGAUACUGUUAUUAACUACCAAUCUUGAAUAUUUUGUGCAUAUAAACACACACAUAAUUGUAGAGCCAGAAGAGGAAUUUAUGAAAGGGAUAUUCUUUGCGGAAUUAUUUUGUGUUUUUUAGAUGUCUGAUUGAAUAUUUUUGCUAUAUUCUGGUUUUUUUAAAUAAAAACUUUCCAGGUGUUCAUAAACGAAGUUGCUUUUUAUGUCAGUACAGCCUAUGGGCUUGUGAUGCAUCAUUAUCGUGGUCGUCCAUGGUAUUCCCGUAUCUCUCCAUGCUUAGUUUUGGGUGGUUUACCGCUGAGAAAAUUUUGGGACAAAUUACAAGCGGAUGAAAAGAUCACGCAUAUUAUCAGUCUUUUGGAACCAUUCGAGGUAAAAUCAUUUGUUAUCGGAGAGAAAGACGCCAAGGAUCGAGGCAUUAAAUAUCUUUCUCUACCUGUUCAAGACUUUUAUGGAGUUCCUACAGUUGAACAAAUUGAUAUGGGCAUUUCGUUUAUCGAUAGUUGUGUCCAAUCGAAUGGAUGCGUUUAUAUUCAUUGUAAAGCUGGUCGUACGCGUUCAGCAUACCUACUCACGUGUUAUUUAAUGUCUAAAGAUUCUAUGAAUGUCGACAAGGCAAUUGAGUAUAUACAAUCUUUCAGAAAGCAUGUGAUGUUUCGUCCACCGCAUAAAAUUGGUUUACAAGACUAUUAUGAACUUUUAAAUGCUCGUAGACAAAGUGCAACUCUUGUAAGAUAGAGUAAAGAGAGAGAGAUAGAGAGGAAACGAGUAUUCAGUUGAGGAAGAGUUCUGCAGGAAUUUGAUAAAAUCGAUAAAUUCUACUUUAUUAUCUUUUUGUUGCUUGUUUCUUACUUCGUAUCGGGGAAUUAAUUUUUCCAGUGUUUCCAGUGUCUUAACAUUUGCAUUACCUCUGGAAAAAAAAAUAACACCAACGUUGGGGUAGUUGUGCAAUAUUGUAUUAACUAGUGGUCAGUCAGUGUUUGACAACACUGUCAUUCUCCUUCCCUGAUCGAUGAGCUUUUGUCGUACUUCAAGUCUGGCUUGGAAGAAGCAGCUAUACACACAAGAUUCUUCUCGUUAUUAUUAUUAUUACUAUUAUUAUUAUUAUUACAGAGUGAUUGUGUAACAAGAGGAGAUACCUGAUAUUUUAGUAAACUUUAUUGUUUCUCCCUCUGUCUGCCUCUUUCGCUCUCCAUCUCUGCCGUAUUCAUCUCUAGACUUUGUCCUGUGUACAGAUGUUGAUGUAUAAAUAUGAGUUUAGUGUGUGUGUGUUUCUUGUGUUGUGUUACCUUCAAACGUUUGUAGAUACCUUUCAAACUGUGAAUUACUCCUCCUGAUACUCUUCUUGCUAAUUCUGCUAUCCUGAGUGUAUUUUUCUGUCUUUCAGAAUACAAGUUUUUGCUAUGAAUACAAGUGUAUUUUUUCUUUUCUGAGUACAACUCGAAUUAUGAUUGUUGUUAUUAUUAUUAUUAUUUUUUUCCUUGACUAACUAGAAUGAUAUUCGGUAGUGAUAUAAUAUGCAGAUUGGCAAUGUCUUCCAUGAUUAGUCUAAAUACAAGCGAUCAAUAAUUUAGAUAUUUGGUUGAUUGGUUACAGGAUUUCAUCAUGAGCUGAAAUCGGUUAGA